ACUCUAUCCUCUGUACUCAGUAGCUAUCAGCUACAGCAGCAUGCCAGACUACAACCACGACGUCACAGGCAACAAGGAACUCAUCAGCACAACAAAACAAUACUUCUCCAUCGAAGACGACGUCGGUGCCAUCCAACGCGUCUCUCAAGCACUCCUCCAAAGCAGGCAACAGCGCCAACAACGCAGAGCAGCCUCUCGCACCAUCCUCCAAGAUCUCUCGCGACAACUCGAACAAGCCCGUGGUGCCUAUACAGGCGCUGAAAGGCAACGAGAGGGCGAUCAUGGCACCGUCAUGAAUACCCUUGAUCGAGAGAAAUUCGCACUCGCAAAGGAGAUUAACAGCCUCGAGGGGAGUGCGCAUACCUUGUCCUCGCGUUUGGCCAUGUUGACGGAGACGUUGGCGGGGUGUUGUGACGAUGUAGCACAGGAGCCGCAUGCAUUGGCGGGAGAACAAGGGCCGGCACUGACUUUGGCGGUGUACAGGGAUUUGGGGAUCCGCCUGGUGGAGGAUGGGAAUGGCGGCUAUGGCCAAGCAGUGGUGUGUGGUAAGAAGGGGAAAGAGGUGCAUGUCCUUCAACUGGAGAAACCUGCUGGGUUCUAUGCGGAUCAUCUGUGGUCGCUGGCUGCCGAGGCAGAGUAGCCUAUUGUGCCUGUCUCUGCUCGUCUCAUGUCCCUGCUGCGUCUGUACUUGUGUCUGUAGCUGAUGUCGC